GCGGGGCGGCCAUGGCGCGGCCCGGCGGGUUGGGGGCCGAGCAGGAGCAGCCGCAGCACGUCCUGUCCCGGCAGCAGGAGCGGCACCGCCGGCUCCUGGCCGAGCUGCAGGCGCUCGUCAAGGCGCUGCCCAGCCCCUGCCAGCAGCGCCUCUCGUACACGACGCUCUCCGAGCUGGCGCUGGCGCUGCUGGACGGGACGGUGUUCGAGAUCGUGCAGGGGCUCCUGGAGAUCCAGCACCUCACCGAGAAGAACCUGUACAGCCAACGGCGGCAGCUGCACAGCGAGCACCGCGGGCUGAAGCAGGAGCUGUUCCACCGGCACAAGGAGGCCCAGCAGUGCUGCAGGCCCCACAACCUGCCACUGCUCCGCGCCGCCCAGCAGCGAGAGAUGGAGGCUAUGGAGCAACAGAUCCGAGAGGAACAGCGAAUGAUGGAUGAGAAGAUAGUCCUAGAGCUGGACCAAAAAGUGAUCGACCAGCAGAGCACCCUGGAGAAGGCUGGGGUGUCUGGCUUCUACAUCACCACCAAUCCACAGGAGCUGACUCUACAGAUGAAUUUGCUGGAGCUGAUUCGGAAGUUGCAGCAGAAGGAAGCUGAGGCCGAGAAAGCUUUUUACUGAAGGAGCAAACCUGCUAUUCACUUUCCAAAGUUUUUCCUGACUUCCCUCUAAAGGACAAACUGUCCAUGCAUUUGCUUUGUGUCAUGUCAGGAAGAGGCUGUGGGUAUAGAAGAACUCGCUGGGGCGCUUAGAUUAGAGCUGGGGUGAGCAGAGCCCAGCACAGGGGGGUUGGGAGCCUCGGGCUGCCUCUCUGGUCAUCAGAGCAAGGUGUCCGUUGCAUCUGGCUCAGUUGGGAGCUGAUGGAGCAUGUUCAUCUGCCACGAACAUCCUACAGUGUAGCUGAGGCCAUUACUGAGCCAGAGCUGGACCAGCCGAGGCAGCAAACCCAGACCUGCCGUGUGGCAGUGGCCCUGUGUUUAGAUGAAUUAAACUUGGGGGAAAAAGUUUAUCUACCGGAAGAUGCUUCUGUGUGUGGUUGAAGCAGAAACAGCCUCUUAGACAUGCAGACCCUUCACAGACCCUCCUCCAGGCAGGUACCAGUAUCAUCUGUAUUAAAGGAGGAUUUCACGCCUCACCCAGUGUUACUGGACUAAUGUUAGCAGUGUUCCCACUGACUCACAGAGCAGAGAAGGUUGGAGAGCUUUUGCUUUGUUCCUUUAAACCAGUUUCCAAAUGGAGAGAAAUAAAAGGCUCUGCCCUGCC